GUUCGCUGCGUUCGUCGAGAAGUCAUACCAAGUGAUACGUCUCGUACUAUCUCUCUCUCUCUCUCUUUCUUUCUUUCUUUCUCUCUUUCUCUCUUUCUUUCUUUCUUCCUUCCCUCAUUUUCCUACAUACCGAUAUCCAAUUCCUUUCCUUUUUUAAUUCAUCAAACAACUAAUCUCCGAUCGCUUUAUCCUUUCUAUAUUUUACUUCCCAUUUCCUCUUUCCUUCCUCUUCUACUUCUAUUUCUAUUUCUUCUACUUCUUCUUCUAUUUCUUCUUCUAUCCUUCUUCUUCUUCUCAUUCUUUUCCUUCUUUCGAAUAAUCCCGUUCGUCCGCGUCUCGUUUUUCCUUUAAUAAUAAACGCUACGAGACCGCAGAAGAGUGGCAAAAGGAAUCGAGCAUAAGUGUGCUGCGUUCGAAAAGCCCGAACAAGUAAAAGAAGGUUAUGCAGAAAACGAGAAAACGAUGUUGAUGGAUCCGAGAUUAUCGUUAAAACGAUUGGCACCGUCACCGUCACCAUUCUCGUCUUUGUCAUCGUCGUCGUCGUCUUUGUCGUCCCGCGAGGGAAAACUAAACAUUAAAGACGUUCAUCGAAUAUAGAAAGGAACGAAAAAAAUAGAAAACGACGAAAGGAAAGAGAAGCGAAAGAGGAGACGCCGAAAGGGUGGUUCAACGAUAUCGAUUCUCGAUCCGCAUGGAGAAACGAUCAAAGGAACGACGAAAAGAAACUUUACUUCUCAAAUUCCUGAUGGCGUCAUCGAAAACAAACUACCUUGGAAAGUCGAAUCCUCGUCUGGCUGAAUCGAAGGUGCCCAGGCGAUUCACCUUUAUCAGGUGAAACGCCGUUUAAUCGGCGUCGCAUCGACGGCGUUGCUGCGACUACGAUCGCUGCUCCGACUACUACCGUUUCCUCCACCUCACGUGGCCGCAACAUUACCCAAUAAGAGCUGGAGAAGCGGCCGCAGCCGCAGCUGCCUCGGAGCUCUGAGGAGCUGGAGGAUCUGCACAAGCUGCUGCACUUCCCCGAGGAGGUGGCGCUCAGGUUGACGGAAAUCGAGUACCAACUAUUUUACCAGGUACCACCGAACGAGUACCUUAAGCACGUGUCCCAGGAUCCAAUCGCGUUGCAAAAAUCAGCCGCGAGGCCACCCCCGUCGCCGAGUCGCAGCUGCAGCAGCCCCAGUACAGCGAAUAGCUCGACCCAGACCGAGGAAGAAUCCUCAUGGCCCGGUGUAACAGUAUUUUCUUCCGUUCAGACUCUCAUCAAUCGAUUCAAUGAGGUGAACUCAUGGGUAACACACGCCAUAACCAGCGGUGCCACCGUAGAAGAACGUCAGGCAGUGUUAUCUUGUCUCCUACGAGUAGCUCUAACUUGUUGGAACACCGGAAACUUUAAUUCGGCUAUGGAGAUUAUCGCUGGUCUCAAAUCCAACAAGCUGAAGCCAUUUUGGCCAAGCGUAAGCGAGCCAAUUCCGGUCUUGGAAUAUCUUGCCUCCGCCCUUUUGUCUUCCGAGUACGAGCAUGCGUUAGCUCGUGCUCUCGCAAUGCCGGAAUGUCCAGUGGUACCAUUUUUCGGUGCCUUUUUGCGAGAAUUAAGAGGAGUCAUUGCUACCGAGUACAAGAGCGAUACCGAGAGAAAGAACAACCGCGAGAGCACGAAAGAAAAUGCGAAAGAAGUUGGGCCGAUCGAAAAUGUAACUCCCUCUGGUACAUCGGUUGGUCCGCGUAUAGAUGUCGAGAGUAAUACCGAAGCUCCUUCAGGAUGGAGCUCGACUAGGAGUGGCUCUUUGAAAAAGACAAACGAGUCCUACGAUGCGAACGCCGUCCUGGAAAAGGUUGCCCUCUUUCACAAGCAUCGACAUGCUCGUGGAAGAGAUGCAACAACUGGCUCCCUUCACCGCACCCUUAGUUUACACACCACGGCGAUCGAACAGACCUACAUGGCUGAGGAAUGCGAUGAGAACGAUUAUCAUCUCGAUCUCGAUUCAUAUAAACCGGUCCAACCGAUCCUGAUCGAUCAUGGGGUUGCACUUUUCCCAGUAGCCGCACCUCACACAGGAAUGGAUCUUCACAUCUUACAGGUGCUACAUCACGGUACAACGUUGGUACAUUGGGAUUGUGAAAGCGGCACUUCGAGAACGGCCUUGGUAUUCGCACGAGUAGAUCGAGCGUGCGGUACCUUCGUCUGGGAAAAACCACCGUGGAGUCCAUUGAAAACGGGCCAACUCGGUGGCACUGCCUAUACCGAGUUCUCGAUUACGGCCAAUCCCGAGGAUUCCGUACCAGCUGGCUUGGUUACCAGAUACGCGGCACAACAAAGUGACUGUGCUUCGGUCACUUUGGAGGAAGGUUAUCUCGAUUUGGCCUCCGUUAAAGAAAUCAUGAUCGGUUGUUGCGACCGUGACAGAGAAGCCGACCUUAGGAGCAUAUGCAAGAGGUACGGCCUACCUGGCUCAGAUUCCUGUAUCGGCCUCAUGUAUGGUUCCAAUCUGCCUGACAAUCGAUUGCUCUUUCUACUUUGUCCUCCGGCCCUUGGCAAGAUAUGGUAUAUGGGACUGUGUUGGAUAUUACGAGGCCUGAAACGACAAAGACAGUUAACCGAUCGAAGAUCGCGUUGGUUAAAAGAAAAAUAUCUUCAAUUGUAUUUCGAAGAAGGUUGCCUCGAGCCUAUGACCGCCGAUGCGAUACGAGUGUUCGGUGGUCGCGAUUGGUCAAUGACCGAAAGUGUUGGAACCCUUUCACCAACUAGCAGCGGUAAUCUCCGUAGACGAAACGUUAAAGGAAAGAAGACCAAAUCUAUCAGCAAUAUUCAUGCACUGACAAAGGAGCUCAGCUUUAAACAGUACGACUCCUCGUCUUCGGAUGGCGGCUUAUCUGCUGCUCCUCUUCGUCACAUAACUGGCAGCAGGGAAUCCUUGACGAGAAUAAUUCCAGCAUCGCCGAGAUCCAGUAGAGAUCGAAUUCCAUCGCGCAGUCCACCUGGUUCGGCCGAAAGAAUAGUCACUUCCAACUUGCCUUAUUCGAGUUUACAAAGCUUACUUUGCGUUCCUAGAGACAAGGACAGAAAUGGUGGUGGAGUACCAGGUGGAUCGGAAGCUCCUUGGCAGGUGAAAACACGUGCCACUUCCAUUAUGUAUGAGACCCAACUGAACUUUGUUGAGUUCGUGGCACUUUUCCGAUCGUUCAGCCUUCGAGCUAGAAAGGACCUACGUGAUCUCUUCGGGCAGCUUGCGAUCACAUGCCGAAGUCAAAGCGACGGUUCUCUUCGAGACUUUAGUACGCGUCCGGCCGUAUUGAGACAGGCCAGCGAUGCCACACCACAAAGAAUCGGACUUUUAACAAGAAACAAUUCCAUCGAUUGUCACGAAUACAAAAGCAGUAGUAACCUUCACAAGAAGCAAAUCUUUGACGCAGUAGCAGCAGCGAGUAUAGUGAACAAUUGUUCUGGCGUCGACACAUCCAAGUCACAAGUAAUCACACUAGCUACGUUCACAAAGUUCCUUGAAUCUCGGCAACAAGAAAAGCUUACCGACGACGAGAUCAAAGCCCUCGUCAAGAGGCACGAACCAGAUCCAGUUUUACGCACACAGUGGUGUUUAUCUUUCGAGGGCUUUGCACGGUACAUGAUGGACAAGGACAAUUACGCCUUCCCAAACGAAUAUGCGACGCCGUCGGAGAGCGAAAUGCAACAGCCCUUGUCCCAAUAUUACAUCGCAAGCUCGCACAACACUUAUCUGACCGGUCAUCAGCUCAAGGGCGAAUCAUCCGUCCAGCUUUAUUCACAGGUCCUUUUGACCGGAUGUCGAUGCGUAGAACUAGACUGCUGGGAUGGCGACGAUGGAUCGCCUCUCAUUUAUCACGGUCACACCUUUACCACCAAGAUACCUUUUCGAUUGGUCGUAGAAGCGAUCGACAGGAGUGCAUUCGUCAGUUCACCGUAUCCAGUUAUACUGUCUAUUGAAAAUCACUGUUCCCAGAGUCAACAAGCACGAAUGGCACAAAUCUUUCAGUCGGUCUUUGGUGAAAAACUCGUAACGAAGUUUCUAUUCGAAACGGAUUUUGGUGAAGAUCCACAGUUACCCUCGCCGUCACAAUUGCGAUAUAGGAUAUUGAUAAAAAAUAAGAAAUUAGUAGUGGACCCAACCGGACCGUUAGUUCACGCCCCGGUAUCCUAUCGUGGUAAAAUGUUGAUGUCGGAUCGGGCAUCGUCUAUGAAACAAAUGCGAACGGAUGCAAGCAGCACGUCCGUGGUCGAAUACUUCAGCGAGGACGAGGACGAUGAGGAAGACGACGACGAGGAUGAUAAUAUCGAUGACAAUUCAAUAUCGAGCUACGAGAGAUAUUUGGGUGGUAAUCAGGCACACAGCCGCCUAAAAUCGGAUGCGGCAGUCGAUGAUAAAGUUCAACCGAAGCAGAGCAGUCAAAUCGCUAAGGAACUUUCGGAUUUGGUCGUUUAUUUACAAGCUAUUAAAUUCCGUGGUCUAAACACAACACCGGGAACAGGCACCACCGGGAAAGUUCGUCAUCCGUCUCAUACCGGACCCGUUCAAAGACACAGUAUCGCUGGAAUCGGGAGCAGCGGUGUAGCUUCCUCUUCUGGAUCGCCACAAUCACUUUCAACGUCUGCUUCGAUUGCGAGCGGUGGCAGUAAUAUCGAUAAUCUUUUCAGGUCGACGCGCGGCGUACCAGCGUGCUUCCAGUGCUCGUCUCUAAACGAAAGCACUGCCAAAAAAAUUUGUAGAAAGCAGCCAUUGGGUGUCGUAGCACACGCGGAAACACAAUUGGUUCGAACGUAUCCAGCUGGAAUGCGUAUCGACUCGACCAAUUUCAAUCCUGUCAUUUUCUGGGCAUUUGGUAUACAAAUGGUAGCGUUGAAUUAUCAGACAGACGAUGCCGGAUUGAAUUUGAAUGCUGCCAUGUUCGAACAGAACGGACAAUGCGGAUACGUGAGGAAACCUUCGGUAAUGUGGGACAAGAGUCAUAUGAUGUAUAGACGUUUCAAUCCAUGGGACAAAGAAUUCGAUGGUCUUCACUCCGCACAUUUGACUUUAUCGGUGGUGUCGGGACAAUACGUUUCGCCAACAAACUUCUUUGCCAGUACGUACGUCGAAAUCGAGCUGGUGGGCAUACCGAUCGAUUGUGCAAAACACAAAACGAAAAUCAUACAAAACAAUGCCCUUAAUCCAAUUUGGAACGAAAAGUUUUGCUUUCAAGUAAUGUUCAAAGAUCUAGCCUUUCUAAGAUUCGGUAUAGUCGAAGCAAGCUCGCAUCAUUUGAUAGCGCAACGCGUUAUACCAUUGAAAUGUCUCAGACCAGGUUACAGACACGUUAGAUUGCGUUCGUGCAAAAAUAAACCAUUGGCGUUAUCCACGUUAUUUAUAUAUUCACGAUUGGAGGAGGAAAGUCUCGAUUACAAUACCUGCUGCCGCGAUCACAAGGAAACGUCUUCGAAACGACCGUCCUCGGGAAAGGAGCCGGAUAAAUUGACCAGCGUAGAUCCAGGUCUUGGUGGAGUCACGUUGAAGAGAAGAAUGUUUUUCCUUAUGGUUUAUCACGUAAUACCGGAGGAACCGUAUACUAUUUUAAAAGUAACCCAAGAUAGUACUACUCAAGAAGUAAUGUUGCAAGCUUUACAAAAGGCAGGAAUAUCAGCCGAACACGUGGACGAGUAUAUUCUUGUGGAGGAGGUGUCACGUGGAUGGGAAAAACGAGAUCGAGAGGAAUUACCAACUCAACGAGUUCUCGAUCCAACCGAACAUCCUCUUCAAGCGCAAGCUCUUUGGAAAGGACAGGGUCGAUUCCUAUUAAAACGUGUCGGCGAUGAUCCAAGUAGCAGAGCUUGGCUUGCAUCGAUACGAAGUACAGCUGGACAUUCGAAAUUGGAUACAAAUUCGCGGGAUCAUUCGACUCAUAUAUGGGACGAGGCAGAUACCUUUUUAGUCUGUAUUUACAACGUUUCACCAGAAAUACCGUACGCGAUUUUACGGGUACCGGUUAGUAGUUCCGCACAGGACGUAUUAGCCCAGGCACUCGUUAAGGCAAGGAGAAUGGAGGAUCCAAUGAAAUUCGCUUUGGUAGAGGAAUUGGAAUGGGGCGGGGCUGGUGCCGUUGGUAGUGGUAAUCGUCAGUUGAGAGUCCUUAGAGACGAGGAAAAUGUUUACAGUACGCAAGCGUUUUGGAAGACACUCGGUCGAUUUAUAUUAAGGGAAAGAGAACAAGCGAUACCGAGACGACAUUUGUUACCAGCUACAUUAGACAGGCUCAGUAAGGGUUUCUCCGUUGGUAGAUCAGUAUCUCUCCCUGGAUCUAGCAAGGAAAAGGUUCCGGUUAGCGAAGCAUUAUCCGAUCCAACGUCCAGAGGUUUAAGACACCGUUUAUUGAUGCCAGGUCGUAGACGAGAAGUUCAUUCCGACGGUGAGGAUACUCGAGAAUCUGAUCUAUUAAACGCAGCUCUUCAUUUAAAAAAAGUCUCAUUGAGAAAAUUAAGAGUUUGGAAAUCAUAGUGGCAGUCACGGGCGACGUCGAUAACUUCGAUCUUCGCCGCUCGGAAAAAUCAGGUUUAAAUGAUCUAUCCAAAAUUAAUAUCGGACAUCUCUCUGAUCUAACGUCCAGGAAUAUCGAUUAGGAUCGAAUUCAAAUGAAAAUGAAAAAAGAAAAAUUAACAAUAAUUUCAAUUUGUAUACGAACUCGUGCGAAUGGGACAAAAUCAUUGAAGACAUUAUUUGCUCUAACGAUGUAUAAUAUUAUCGAUGAAAAAAAAAAAAAAAAAGAAAAUAUGAUACGUUGGCGGGAGUUAUCGAAGCGAAAAAAAGAAUUCAAUUGCGAGAAUUAUUCAAUUUCGAUUCGAUUCGAUUCGAUUCGAUUCGAUUCGUCGAUGGAAAAUAAUUUAUUCCUUAUUAUUCGUUUAUUAUCGAAUUCAUUCUUAUUACUCGAUUCAAUUCGUGUGGCCAUUCAAUGAGACCGAUAAUAAUGAUGAUGUUCCGAAUAUUAUAAAUAAUAUCGCAGAAUCAAUCAAGAAACUCAAUCGUAUCUCAAAUUUCAAUGAAGAAAUCACGAUAGAAUUUUGUUUCAAUUUUCUCUAGGUAAAUUCAAAAUCGAGAAAGAUAAAUCGAUCUAUGUAUGUCUAUGUUGGACCAUUAUCACGUUACGAUAGUGCGAUAGUCGAGCAUUAAUUAUAUAAUUACCGUAUUAUGGCAUCUCGUGUCGGCAAGAAACAAAAAAACAAACAAAAAAAAAGGAAAAAAAAAAAUUAAAAAAAAUAAGUAAAGAAAAAGCCAAAACCCUUUGGGCUUUCUUUAUAACGCGUCAGUAUUAUUUCUUAGUACAAUUUCACACACACAUACACAUAUAUAC